AUGGUUAUGAGUAUACCGUGUGGUAUUACUGGUGCAGGAGCAGAAGAACAAGCAGGAGAGAAAGGAGGGGAGAAAGACAAAAGAGAGAGGGAGGAGUGGUUAUCAGGUGGUAUGUCGUCGGAAAUGGGCCUCUCUCUUACCGUCUCCUAUAUUACUAUGGGGUAUAAUAAGAGGCAUAGCAGGAUCCUCUCCAUCGUGGUCCUUGUGGGAUUGAGAUUUCUCUCUUCCCUGAUGAGGAAGCUUGCCGUCGAUUUAUACGGCGAACGAAAUGGCUGGACGGCUUACUGUCUCGUUAGCGAGAUGUUAGGCUGGAUAGGGCUAGUGUUCCAGCUUACCUCUAUGCUUAUAUUCCUCGGACUGAAACAAAACCUAGGCAUAUGUGUGAUGCGACUAUCGCAACGAUUUGUUAGUCUAACUUCUAGCCUCUGUAGAUAG